CUUGCUGGAAGACUACUGUACUGUGGACAGGACGACUGGGUUCAUAUCAACUGUGCCUUGUGGUCGGCUGAGGUCUUUGAACAAGAUGAUGGUUCCUUACAGAAUGUUCUGGAAGCUGUUAGCAGAGGGAAGAAACUGCGAUGUAAUCUCUGCCAGCAACCUGGAGCCACUGUAGGCUGCUGCGAAGCAAACUGUCGAGCCAACUACCACUUCAUGUGUGCCCGGGCUGACCGGUGCUCCUUCCAGGAUGACAAGACUGUCUUCUGCAAGCUGCAUGGCGACUGUGUGAGCAGGAAGGUGAUCAGGGACGGCCAUUUUGAUAUCUCAAGCAGAGUUUGUGUGAACUUUGAUAAAAUCCGUUCCAAAUCUUCCUGGGGCAAGGCUGUGAAUCCAGCAACACUCAAUGUUAUCAUUGGUUCUUGCACAGUGGAGAGUUUAGGUGUUCUGCAGUCGUCACUCUCGGACACAGAAGAAUGUUUGUUUCCUGUGGACUUCAG